AUGUCAAGUUACAAUGACUUCAGUGAGAUCGAUUAUGAACUACUGGAUGAACAGUGGUGGGAGAAAGAACAGGAAGAACUACAGUUGGCAUUAGAAUCAGAUGAAUACCGGAUUUCUCCUGAUUUGGAGUCUUAUGAAACUAUUAUAGAAAGUGAUUAUGCUAAUGACGAAGAACAUAUCAAGCUAGCUAUCGAACGCCUAGAAAACCUGAGGAUCGAAUUGCAAAACCUCAAACACCGCAAAACUAGAGUGUUUAACACCCUGACCGAACAGAUCGAAAAGAAAUUGUGUGAAUCUGAUGUACCGAUUAGAUAUGGAACAAAAGAGGAAGUUAAACUACACUAUGAAAAGUUAUUGAUGGAAUUCAAAAAUAAAAAAGAAGCGGCACUCAAACGAAAACAUGAUUUAAACGAAAUGUUAGCUUUAAAAACUGAAUACUUGGAAUAUAAACGCAAAGAAUGUGCAGAAAUCACCGAAAACCAGUAUAACUUAGAAUUAAAAACCGCCGUUGGCAUGAUAUUUGACAAGACACAGCAAAAACUUACUCACGACGAUGUAGAAGAAUUGAUUGAAACCUGUAAACGGCAGGAUGUCCAAUUAAAUAAAGCCCGCUUGAAAUUUAUUGCACAGAAACAAAAAUGUAAAAAGAUAAAAACAGAUAUUGAAAAUUUGGCACCAAGCACGUUCAGCAUAAUUGAAUACCAGGAACUAUCAGAUCAUAAUGUAGAGAUUAUAAAUUCUAUGGGAUCUCAGAUAGGUAUCAAAACCCAAACUCUUGAAGUUCUUAAAUCUGCAUUAUCAAAAUUUCCUGAUAUUAACAAAAGGCUUAUCGGUUUAAAAGAAGAAAAGGAUAAAAAUGAGGCUGAGUUAAAACAAAUCAAAGAUGAAUGGAGACAACAUGUCAAAGCAAAGGCACGUGACCAGAAGCAUGACCGUCGAUUAAAAAAAGGACGUAUAUCAGAUUAUUUUACUGAAAAUCCUCUACUUUUGAAUGAUUAUCUCGAGAGUAUGAAAAAAGACAAAAUAUUUAAAAAGAAUUUGGCCGACUUACGUCAGGAGUUGUCCGAAAUAAAGCUAAUAAAAAAACAGCUAGAAUAA